CAGUAUCCAGCAUCAGGACAUUACGGCGAUUCCAGAGUGAAAGUGAAGUGCGCGUAUUCGGUAAUGUGAAGUGAAAUUAGUGUAAAAAUCGGCAUGAACGGUAAUUAGAGCGUACCUACGCGUAAGUUUUCUUUAUUUCUCAGCAAGGAUUGUCUGCAUACUUCAUUUUCAUGAUCGUAAGAUUUUUUUUUAAUGUUAAGAUAAAUAUGUUAAUUUGAUAUGAUAAGUAAAUUGCAAGAGUUACUUGGUGAUUUAAAAACCAUUAAAGAAUAUUUAGUUAAGCUUAGUUAUGAUAGAAGGACGCCUGAAGUCCUUAAUGCAAAGUUAGAAGAGGCAUUUUUAAUAUAUUCUAACUAUCUAAAAAUUUGUGAACAAGUCCAGGUAGAUAUCGAUAAGAAAAAACUGACUGGUCAAAGCUUAUUGGAUAUUCAGAGUUUUUAUGAACAUAUUAGGAGUUUGUAUAAGCAAAUAGAGGAUUUUUGUCACAAAACCUAUACAAGUUCAAAUCCACCGUCUAAUAAAAAUUUCAAAAUGGGCGAGUUUAACUUGAAAAUAGCGCUUUCAUUAAUACCGUCCAUGACGGACGAUGAAGUUGCAAUUAAUCAAUUAAUAGACUCUAUAGAAUACUACGACUCUACCUUAAAAAGUGACGCGAAACAACAGUUCAUAAACUUUGUCUUGAAAAAUAGACUUACACAAGUAGCUAAAUUAAAGUUAAGUUCGUCAUACACUUCUGUCCAAAAUUUAGUGACAGAUAUGAAAAAACUAUUGUUGCCUAAAAAAUCAGCCACAGCUAUUCAAAAUAAAUUGCAGACCUUGAGACAAGGAGAGUCUUCGAUUGAUGACUUUGGUCAAAAAUUGUCGAAAAUGUUUGUAGAUCUCACGAUCGCGCAAUCAGACGGUGACUCAAAUGCAUUUGAAGUAUUAAAAGGUCUUAAUGAAAAACAAGCGAUUAAAAGAUUCGCGGACGGAUUGCGCAAUCGUCGAGUAAGUACAAUUAUUGCAGCUCGUGAUUACGACUCUUUAAAAGACGCCAUACAGGGUGCCAAGGACGAAGAGACGACUUCAAGCAAUACGUCAAGUGAUGUAUUUUCUUUUAACCAUCGUAAAACAACUUAUUUCAGUAGAGGGUACGUUCGAGGGCGUGGCUCUUAUAGGGGGCAACCACACUACUCUUCAGGCGCAAGGACGCUACACAACCCAGGACAUUCGGCAACAGGAGCAUCAUACAACUACAGGAGCAGAGGAGCUGGCAGAGGAGGCUACCAGUUCCAGAGCAAUCACCGAGGCAGAAACUACCAAGGAAACCGAGAUGGUAGUAGGGAGUUUGAAUUCACGAUCUUCGCUUUGGCUCUGAGGUCUACUGCAUGGGAGCUGUCCUCCCCCUAA